AAUACGGCAUUCUCAAAUUCCAUCCUUUAUACCACAAACCCUAGCAGAUCUGUUGGCAGCCUUACUUUUCUAAUAAAACCCUUCUCCCCAUCCCCUCUCCUCUGCUUCCUCUGCCUCCAACCUCCAAUCUCCACCGCCGUAAUCGUUCCCUGCAGCAAUGGCGUCAGAGAGGAAGCUAGCAAAUCCAAUGAGGGAGAUUAAGGUUCAGAAACUCGUCCUCAACAUCUCCGUCGGUGAGAGCGGCGAUCGUCUCACUCGCGCUGCCAAGGUUUUGGAGCAACUAAGUGGCCAAUCCCCCGUCUUUUCCAAGGCAAGGUACACUGUGAGGUCAUUUGGGAUUAGGCGUAAUGAGAAGAUUGCUUGUUAUGUUACUGUUAGAGGAGACAAGGCAAUGCAGCUUCUUGAGAGUGGAUUGAAAGUGAAGGAGUAUGAGCUUCUCAGACGUAACUUUAGUGACACUGGUUGCUUUGGAUUUGGUAUUCAGGAACAUAUUGAUCUUGGAAUCAAGUAUGAUCCCUCCACUGGUAUUUAUGGUAUGGACUUCUUUGUGGUUCUAGAGCGGCCGGGUUACCGUGUGGGCCGUAGGCGUAGGUGCAAGGCACGAGUUGGAAUCCAGCAUAGAGUUACAAAGGAUGAUGCAAUGAAGUGGUUUCAAGUGAAAUAUGAGGGAGUUAUUCUCAACAAAUCUCAACAGAUUGGGGCAUAAUUGUCUUUUUUAUUUAGUAGUCUUUUUUGGUUAUAUUGUAUUGUGCCAGAGAUUUAAUUAUUAUUGCUUUUGUGUUUUGUACUUGCUGAGUCUUUAUAGUAGUGAGAAUAUGAAACCCACCAAGUUUUGGUUUUGA